GACACGCCUCGGGAGGGCCUGGGAACCAUCGCCAAGGAGACAUUGUCCAUUCAGAAACACCUCGGGGACAUUGUCCAAACGCAGCCUCGGUCGGCCAGCGAUGCACCUGGCAAAACAGACAACCGAUGCGACUUGGGCUCAUUGCAGACGACGUCGGAUGGCUUCGCAGUAAGGACCUUUAGCAAUAACAGCAAUAGCUGCUACGCUAAUUCAAUCAUCACUGCCCUGUGCAUCCUACGAGCAAGGGGAGGCCACUUUGCGGCCCUCAGCCCGCUUCUGCUGCAAUGCAGCGACCAUUCGAGAGCGGCCAGACCGUUAAACCUGGUCUCCACCUUCGCGCUUCGAAACAUACUCCCGAAUUGGCGUUUCGACGGCCGACAACAGGACGCAUCGGAGUUCUACAUGGACUUAACCAAUGCAGACUCAGGCGACUUGCAAGCGGUGCCUUGGCAAGGCCGGAUAGCAGGACAGCCAGACCCCACGGACACGGGUUUCACCCCCAUCUUUCUUCCCAUCCCAACGGACUGCACCAGCCUGCGCGGCGUAUGCUCCUCCUGGUAUGCGCAGGCAGCUUCUAGAGGUCUCAUGUUGGCGCCGGCCUUACUUGUCCUCAUCCUGGGACGCUGGGAGCAUGGCUCGAAGAACGAGCAGGCGCUGGAGCUGGCACAGGACAUUCAGUUCCCGGUAUGGGACGAGGGACAGUCCAGUACGCUACACGCGUACAGCGUCGAGGUGUCUGGAUCAGUGAUGACAACGCUCGACCACAGCUCGCCGCAGCCUCAGACCGGCAACGCAUCCGGCAAGGCGUGGCAGGCUGAGCACAAGCAAGGCAAGGCUCAUCCCUUUGGCGCAAUCCACCAUUACGUGGCCGGAGCGCUGCUUUUUGAGCUCUCCAAGUCCAAGCAAAUCCCCCCCGGCAUAGAUUCUGGAGCUCUCAAGGACUUUGAGAAAUGGGUCUCCGACCUAGGCACGGGGCAAGCCACAGUCCACGAGAUAGAAGCCGGGGCCAUUGGCUGA